AUGGCAUCUAACACUGUUCUACCAGUCUUUACUGGACCAUAUACAUCGAUAAAACCAGAAAUAAAACGCUUGAGGGACUUUGUAAAAUAUACUGCAAAGCAUUCUGAUGUCAGGAAUAGAUAUCCACCUGAUAAACUUCAAGAGCAUAUAUCAUACAUAGAGGAUAAGAUACAAACCAUAUGUGCAAAAGUUGGUGAAUAUAACUCUCAGUUGAGUUCGUCUAAGAUUGUGAGACAAGGAAGUAGCUAUAAGGGAACUAAGAUCUUAAAGCCUGAUGAGCUGGACUACAUGCCAAUCCUGGCAAUGUUUAAUAAAGAGACUGUUGUAGUGGAGGAUGUGAAGGAGAAUUGCUAUGAUAAAGACACGGGAUGUGUUUAUAUCAAAGUGAUUAAUGCAGCUGUAAGAGACAAUCUUGGUGACUUUUGUAAACAUACUCCAAGUGAUUCAUACCUUAAAGGUGCUUAUUAUAUAUUUCUAACUAAACUGCAAGAAGCUGUAAAAUGGGCCCUCUGUCAAAUAAACUCAUUGACUUCCAAAGAUGAGCAUAAACACAAGGAUGAAGACCAUAGUGAUCCUUACCCAUUAGGACAUAUUAGUGUAUGUGUGUUAGCUCAUGGUCCAAGUAUAACACUGAAGAUUGGCGCCCCUCUAUGCACUGCCAAAGUAGACCUGUGUUUCUCUAUAGAAGGUAGAGUUACCAAUCUUGGACAAUGUGUCAUGGUAUGUGGGAGAUUUAGUGACAAUUCCUGUAAUUGUGGCCUUCCUUACAGCACCCACUGGAAGGAAUCUCCUAUCAAUCCUCCUAACAAGUAUGAGUUGUCAGAAUCCCAUAGAGAACUUUUCCUUACUCUUAAGCUUAUCAAUCACAUUCUCACUAAUACAUGUCAUCAUCUAGGAAUAGACACAGCAUUUGCUAUAGUUCAUACAUCCUCCAGUUAUCACAUCCAGUCACUGGUAUGGCAACAUCAACAAACAUGUCAAGCAACCAAUGUGGGGGAAUGUUACAGAAAUAUUGUUCAGAUGCUUAAUCCUGACCAACCUGAUACACCAGAUGAGUUAUAUGUUAAAGUAUUAAGUCAACAAGGACAUUUUCAAGAUAUGUUCUUCCCAAAAGUUGUGAGGGAGAUUGGACCUUUGAGUCUUAUAGGAUUUAUAUGGUUCUUACAUCAAGUGAGUCAUACAAAAUGUACAGAGUGGUGGGAAACACUUUUCACUGAGGAGAACACAAAGUAUCAUAACAAUGAACAUUUGUCUACUUUAUGUGAAGCCUUAAACAAAGUAAAUGAAAUAUUGUCAAAAGUACCACAUACAGUAACAUGGAGAGAUGACAGAAACAAUCCUAAAGCAUCAUUAACCAUCUCUAGGUGGUAGCUGGCUGUUUAUUGAACAUCUAAUCAAAUUGAGGAGGCUAAGAGGACAUGCAAAAUAAUUCAACCUUGUGUUGUUGACAAAAGCUAUUUCAUUACAUGCUAUAUUUCAUAAAUACUCAAACAUUGAAUUAUUAGAAACUGAAUUUCAAAC